CCUAUAUAAAAUACCUUGCCAACUGGAGCAGACAGUAUUUGUAACGUCUGUGCGUAAGGUUCUACUACACAGCAAUGUCUUCAUUAUAUAAUAAAGGGUUUACACAAAACGAUAGCGGAGUACCACUUUCGCAGGAUUACGCAUCCAUUGAUGGUUUCAGCUAUGAUUUUGAUGUUGAUGUCACAGUACGCAUGGUUGUAAAAGACCGCGCUAUGUGGCAUUAUGUUGACGAUGGCGAAACAGUCGAACUUUUCGUAACAUUUAACGAGGGCUUCCAGGGUAUCCCUUAUGGCUACUUUGGUCACUCUUCAUCGGGUGGAGAUAGUGGCGAACGCGAUUUUGAGGUCGAUAUAGCUGGUCAAAAAAUCCAUCUUAAGCCUCUUAUGUGUUUUCCACUCAAACACUGUACCAUGUUCAAAGCUACAGCUGUUAUAUCGUCAUCUCCGGGCAAUACUUUGGAACCUGGGCAACCUGUGCCUUUCAACUUGCAGUACAAGAAGAUCGGAUGUGAUGCUUCUUAUGACGUCAUUGAAGUAACUGAACCCAACAUUCCCGUGUAUUAUCAGCCGCUUUGGAAGAGACUCAUAGAGAGGGACAACAGCAUGAUGCAGUCAAUCACAAACUAUGAAGGCACAACAAUUUUUCGUCCAGACAGCGACGAAUCCGACGGCGAGGCUUUGGAACAAAGUUAUGUGCGAUCAACUACACCAGUUCAAUUAGCAAAGGACGACUUCUUCCUUUACUUUACGAGAAAAAGUUGUAACCCGUUCUUUAAGUCACAGAAUCCUGUAUUGAGACUUAUCCGAGAACUUAUGGUGACACCGCUGACCAACUUUACCGGAUUGAGCUUGUAUUUUCAACUUUACCUCGUGGAAAUAUUUCAUGUGAAAUUUUUCACGAAAGUCGGUCAUUAUCUCUGCAUGCCACUAAUCGUUCUUCUAAUGGCGACGUGGUGUGCGCAGUGGCAUUUAGUUGUGGACUAUGCAUUUCAAGACGUCAGUGUAUUCAUUGUAAAUGGAACAUUCAUAUUUGUGUGCGUCCUUCAACUUUGGUAUUUUAUCUGGGGCUGUAUUUAUCAUAUGAAGUUAUUUGUGAUAUUAAUGAUUUGGCCGCUGUUCCUUAUUUAUUUACUGGCCAACAUGUUGUUUCAAAUCGUGGUCAUCAAUUCUUGUUGGCGGACGGACAACCUGACCGUUAAAGACGUUAAAGAGAUCUGUGAAGGAAAACGUGAACAUUGGCAUGAUGUCAUUACUUUGGCUCAUUUCCAUAUCCUUUGGUAUUUGAAUCCGCUUUACUGGGCUUUAUUCUUCUCCUUUUUGCAAGCGCUCAGUCAUACUUUUGAGGACAAACUUCCUCCUCGCGUUUCUCAAACUGCACAUUGGUUGGACUUGACAACUGUAUUAAAAGAAAAUGGAUGUGUUAAUAUCUGUUUCAUUAUUCUUUCACAGAUUUUUUGUGGAACUCUUAAUGAGUUUCUAGCCAGCCCUCGUCUUUUGCCGCUGCUUUUGCUUCGUAUUUGCUACAAUCUGGGUUACGAAGAAAAACAAUGGGUCAAAUUUAGAACUCUAGUUGACGAAUGCCUUAAAUUUGGUGACCCAGCAAUCGACUAUAUUGGGAGAGGUGGUGCAAAGUGGCCGAAAAAAUUCAACGAGUGGAGUGCAGGUCAUUUAGAAGAGAACAUAAAUAUGUUUGAACGAAGUCUAUGCGAGAAAAAGUGGAACAUUUUAAAAGAUCCAACGUCACUUUUCGAUACAAGCAAAUUCAACCGUGAACUCAAGUAUUACGUCCAUCUCAGGCAUCGUCUGACAAAAUACAAGAUUCAGGCGGCAGCCUACGGGCCGUUCACACCCAAAAUUUCAGGCAAUCUUCAACUCAAUGACGACUUAAUGAUGAAAGACUUUCCAGAUGAUGCAGCGUUCAGAAUAUUUUUGAAAGAGGCAAGAUCGCAUUUCGCCGAAAUGGAGUAUAGGUUUGUGAUGGAUUGUAAAUUGAAUAGAGUUUUUUUGUGAUAUUCCAUUGUUUCGUCGUGAAACUUUUUAAAAUGAAAACUUAAGUUUUAUGAUGAAUUAAGUGCAAAUAUUUUAUAAAACUCACUAACUUUUUUUUUUAUUUCAUACAUUUUAUGACCAUCUUCAAAUUGUGUAUUCAAUCGACAUAUCACUUCAAUGUAUUUUAAGUAAUUAUAUGUAAUAUAUUUUUGAACGUACGUUGUAAACGACGUUAACCAAUUUUAAACGUUAAUUUUUUAAAA